AUGGAGAGCCCGGCGACGGCGAUUGGCUCGGGCGGCGCCGCGGUCCGGCCGGCUCGCGCUCCCUCGCCCGCUGCCGCCGAUGACAUCACCGCGAGCAGAAGAAAGACGCCGCGCCGGAGCGGCCCCGCGCCCCGACCCGGGGCCGCCCGGACCCGAGCCGAAGCCGGGCAGUGCGGGCCACCGCGUUCGGGCCCGCCGCCGUGCGCCCUCCGCACCCCGCCGGAGGUGCGCGCGCGUCCCCACCUGAGCCGCCGGUUGGAGGGCCCCCGCCCCAAGGGCCCGGUGACCUCCAGGAGGCGACAGCCUGCCGGCCGCGAGAGCUCGCCGCGCCUCCCCGCCCGCGGGCCGCGCGUGCCCUUCACCGGGUACGCCCGGCGGGCCCGGGGCAGCCCCUCGGAGGUGGAGACCCUGGCCAGGCUCCUCUCGCUGUCCUGGCCCUUCUGGCGCCUCCUUCGCUCCUCGAGAGACUCGGGACCUUUGUUUGUAUUCCUGAUUCAUGAAUGUUUAAAUGAUUAA